AUGUCCUUCUCUUCUUCAUCUUUUCUUGGAUGUUUUAUUGUACUCACUCCCUCUCCUGGAGAUAUUCAUCAAGUCCAUAAAAACAUUUCUCUUCUAGCAUCUGCUUUGAAAUUAUUCAAUGAAAGAAAAUCGCAAUAUCAAGCGUUAGAAUUUCAUAUUGUUAUACAAAAGAAUGAACAAUCUCAAUUAUUCAAGAGUAUUCAUCUUUAUAAAGAAUAUUAUUCGGAAAUAUUAUCCCGAGUUCAAGAUUAUUACAAAUAUAAUUUUAAUGUCAUGAUGCCAAUUUUUGACAAUGAACAGGAUUUAGUGGAACAUGUCGAUCACAAUAUUUGUUCUUCUCUUAACAAUUCAUCACAACAAUUUGAUUGCUAUUGGAUCAAAAAUGAUGACAACACAAACCUCUCGUCUUUUCCUUGCACCAUUUAUAGAAAUAAUUUUAAUUCUAUUUUUGAUAACAUUGAAAUUUCAAAUCCAAACUUGGAAGAACAAGAUGAUGAUAACAAAUAUUCCUAUCUAUUUAAUCCACAAGUGGAUCAGGACUCAAAAUCGAUGGGAACUGUAGAACAAUAUUCCAAGUAUCAUGUCGUUUGUGUGGGAGGAACCUUUGAUCGCUUACAUUUAGGUCACAAAAUUCUAUUAACUCAAACAUUGCUAUUGUUUAAGAAUGAUGAUCCUAAUUGUGAAAAAAGAAGAGAAAUUGAAAUUGGUGUUUCAGUUGAAAAUUUAUUGAAAAACAAAAAGUAUAAAGAGUUGAUUCAAUCUUUUGAAGUGAGACGAGAUAGAGUACUGAAAUGCAUGAAAGAAAUUAAUCCCAAAUUGAAUCCCAAAUUUGUAAAUAUCUUUGAAUUGUACGAGCCAUGGGGACCAAUCGCAACAGAUCCAGAAUUACAAGUACUGGUUGUGAGUGAAGAGACACUCAAUGGAGCAAAAAAGGGCAAUGAGCUUCGUGUGAAUGAAAAGAAGUUCAAACCCUACGAUAUUGUGUGUAUUCCAUUAUUGUUACCAAAAACAUAUGGAUCGAUGCCGGCGAUGAAUGAUCUCAAAUUAAGCAGCACACAACUCAGAGAAUUGGAUUUGCAAAAACAAACAAUGAAUAAAUCCUACUGA